AUGCUACGGUUGAAUUGUAUGGUUUUUGUGCUGUUCAUGGUGUUAUGUAUUGGAGUACAUGCCAUACAAGAUAAAUUUGAAGGGAAUAUUAUACAAAAUUCACUGGAUGAAUUCAUAAGUAUAGAUUGUUCUGAGAUAAAGGAUCCUGAAGAAAGAGCAGAAUGUCUUGGGAAAGUGGAUGACCUAUUAGACUCAAAAUUUGAUGAUUGGAGUCUAUUGGAUAAAAGAGAUAUAUCACAAUUAACAGGGUCUUCUGAUCCCCAUCAAGUUUAUGAUUGGAGACCUGUAUCAAUAAAUAUAGAACCUGGCCAAGCUCUUCAAUAUAGAUUUGAAAUCAAUACAACACAUCCAUAUAAUCAAGUGUUUUAUCAAGUACUGGUUUAUAUAACGGGAAAUCUAUGUAAUCACCCAAUAGGACUUUCAAAUCCAAAUGAUUAUUUAACAUUAUUCUAUGGAUUGAAUGAUACAGGAAUUUUUGAAAAUACUACAUCAGAAGAUUUACAUGAGAGUCAUAAAUCUGAAGGUUUUGAAAAUGGUUAUCUUCAAGCAACUUCAUAUACCACAGUAAAGACAAAUGGAACUUAUUAUUUAGAUAUGUUAUUAGUUGCUGAUGAUGUUCCAGAUUUUAAUGGAUCUUUCACUGUACAAUUAGGUGUUUCACAAGAUGAUUUAUUAUUCCAAUGGGAUAAUAGAACUUGGAUUAACUUGGUGGACUCAGAUGAUACAACUGCAUUAUUCAUUACAGGUAAUUUAACAACAAAAUAUAAUAAUGCAACUGACAUUUUAAGUGCAUCAAGUAAUUAUUAUACAAUUCAUGUUUUCCAUGAUGAACAAUCAAAUUAUUUUUCAAAUAUGUAUAGAAGUUGGUGUUCUAUUGUUAAUUCAGUUCCAUUAGUCCCACCUGAAAAUAUUACAUAUUCAUUUACACAAAGAGGUGGUGGUAUUAAAGAACAAAUUUAUGUUAGAGGAUUACAACCAUCAACAGAUUAUAUUGCAUAUGUGACACAAGAUUUCUCAAAUAAAGAUGAUGGUGGUGUUGUAUUUGAUAGGAUAUCAUUCAGAACAAAAGAUCCAGAUAUAUGUCAAUUAGUUUUCAAUUUAACAUUUUGUGAUAAUGUUGCAUAUUCAGUUCCAAGAUCAAGUAAUUUAGAAAUUGGAUCAGAUUUUGCCAAUCUUGGUAGAUUGUAUGAUGAAUAUGCUGAAGAAGCUUUUGGAAAUUUUUCAAAAGCACUAGAUCAAAUCCCAUGUGAUGCAGAAAAUGAUCAAAGAUAUUCACCAAUCGUUACAUGUGAUGAUUGUAGAACAUCAUACAAAAAUUGGUUAUGUGGUGUUACAAUUCCACGUUGUACUACAGAAAAUCAAACACAUUAUAAACAUCGUCCAUUAGGAGAAUCAAGAAUGGAUUUUAUUAAUGAUUCAAUAGAUCCUCCAAGUGAAUAUUUUGAAGUUUUACCAUGUAUAAAUAUGUGUUAUGCAAUGGUUCGUGAUUGUCCUGCUGAUUUUUCAUUUUCUUGUCCAAGGGAUAAUGCUUCUCUUGUAAAGAGUUAUUAUUAUAAAGAUGAUGAUUAUUCAUAUGAUACUUGUAAUUAUGUGGGUAUCAUUCCAAAGACAAGUGGUGCUAUACAUGAUGUUGUGAUGAACAAAGGCAUUCUAUUUGUUUCUUUAAUGUUUAUUGGGUUUGUUUUGGGUUGA